UAUUGGUUUUGUGCUUCGUGUCUUGCGUCGAGGAAAGUUCGUAUUAUUUAGCCAGCCAUUUCAAAGUUUUAGAGUAAAGAAUAUCAUACCAGUAGCCAUGGCAGAAACACUCAAGUUUGGUCCAGAAUGGCUCCGAGCCCUAUCUGAUGGAAACAGUGUUACAUCACCCCCGCCCUCGCCUGGGUUUCCCAAAUACAAGCUAGCUGAGCAUCGAUAUGGGCGAGAGGAGAUGCUCGCAUUGUUUCACCCCAAUAAACAUAUCCCAGAAGAGAUCUUAUCCAUACCUGUUAUAUUACUUGAAAAAGCACAGGACCCUAUGGCAUACAUUCCAAUGACAGAUGAAGAGCAGCGUAUGAUGUCACAGUCUGUUAAUAGUCCAGCAGUAUUACGUAUGAUGGGGCGGGGGAGCAGUGGUGCUGGUGGGGGAACUGUGGGGCCAACAAGGGGUGGGGAUUCCUGA